GUUUGGAGCAGAGCCUCCCCUUGGGCCCUGCCCUGUCUAACUGAGUGUGACCCCGGGUGUUCUGGGUGGGCCUGGGGGAGGCCUGCUUCCCGUGGCCCAGCUGUCACUCAUUGGCCCGUGCUGACUGAACGCCCCGCUGUGGGCAGAGGUCCAGCCGGGAGAUUCUCAGAUCAGGCAGCAGCCCUGCCUUCAGAUCACAGGGUCUCUGGAAGCCCGAGAGCCCGUGACGGGACUAGGAGUAUGGGCUGGAAGUGGCCCAUGGCCGUCCACACUGAGACCCGGGGGAGUCCAGGGGAUGGAGGGAGAGGCUGUGUCCUGGGAAGACUCCUGAGGACAGGCCAUGUGGCCCUGAAGAACAAGGAGGGUCAAGGUGGGGGAGCAGGGCACAAGGAGGACCUUUCUGGCUGGGCAGUGCGUCAGAACUGGGAACCACCGUGAAAAAGGACGGGGACUUGCUGGCUUUAUUGGGAAUCGAGGUCAGAGAGGCCUGCCAGGAGCAGAAUGUAGAGAGUCAUGAACUUGGGCUCUAGGGGGCUGCAGGCUACAUUAUCCCGGCUCCUCGCUUGGCAUGUUCUCCUCUGCCUGCCCCUGCCCUUAGCCUCAGGCAGCCUGGCAGGGCGAUGGGGGGAAGCCCUGGGGGCCCUUCAGAGGGCAGCUGGCUCUGGAAAGGACGCAACAGCCCUAUCAGGCUGGCUUUUUCCACUCUGCACGGCUGAAUGGCUGAAUGAAGAAAGGGAAGUAGGAGUGUGGGCAGGCCGGCGCUUGGCCCCGGGCCCCGCCCGUGUCCCCUCUCCUUAGCCUCCAGCACUUGCACAGAGCAAGCGCUCUUACCAACCCCAUUUCACAGCGGCAGGCACUGAGGCUGGGAGGGCUGCAGGGAGCUGCCCAAAGCCCUGCGGCUGGUUUUGUGCUGAUUGAAGGCCAGGACCCGCAGUCACCUCAUCUCUGUGUCUCCCAGCCCAGUCCCUGGCACAUAGAACCUCUGGAUGUGGUCUCCUCCCAAAUGCCUUUCCCGGGCCCACACACUCCUCCACGGCCACCUAUGAGGAAGCUGAGGCCAGGAAGGCCAGAGACUUGCCCCUUUCGUCAAACAGCCAGGUGCCCCUCUGCAGACACCAGGCUCCAGGACAAGAUGGCGGCCAAGCAGCCCCCACCUCUCAUGAAGAAGCACAGCCAGACGGACCUCGUGAGCCGCCUGAAGACCCGCAAGGUCCUCGGCGUGGGCGGGGAGGACGACGACGGGGAGGUGCACCGCUCCAAGAUCAGCCAGGUGCUGGGCAAUGAAAUCAAGUUUGCUGUUCGGGAGCCUUUGGGGCUGAGGGUCUGGCAGUUUGCUUCUGCUGUGCUCUUCUCCGGCAUUGCCAUCAUGGCCCUCGCCUUCCCUGACCAGCUCUAUGAUGCAGUCUUCGAUGGAGCCCAGGUGACCAGCAAGACCCCCAUCCGUCUCUAUGGCGGAGCCCUCCUCAGCAUCUCCCUGAUCAUGUGGAACGCUCUCUACACGGCCGAGAAGGUUAUCAUCCGAUGGACUCUGCUCACCGAAGCCUGUUACUUUGGGGUCCAGUUCUUGGUGGUCACUGCCACGCUGGCUGAGACGGGGCUCGUGUCCCUGGGGAUCCUGCUGCUCCUGGCCAGCCGCCUCCUUUUUGUCGCCAUCAGCGUUUACUACUAUUACCAAGUCGGCCGGAAACCCAAGAAAGUCUAGCCACUCGCUGGGCCAGGGGCCCCUGUGGGGCAGCGAGGCCCCGGGGCCUCAGUUUCCUUCUGGCUCCUGGAGGGCAGGACGGACCCUGCCCUGCACCAGGCCUGCCCCAGGCAGGCGGGGCCGCUCACCUUCCUUUCCUCCUGGGCACCCCCAAAUGCUGUGAUCUCCUGGACUUUCAGGUUCGGGGGGGACAGGGCCUUGACGCCUCUGCCCUUCGCCCCACACAGCAGCGCCUCCUUUUCUGGGCUCUCUUGGCCUCUGGAUCCCCUGGAUAGAUACUGACUGAAGAGCUUGGGUCGUGGGGUAUUGGGCAAAGGCGGGGCUCCCGCCUCUUCUGCAAGGAGGCCCUUCUUUAGUUUGAGAGAGGUGUGCCCUUCCUCCCUGUCCUCCCCGCACCCCACCCAAUCUAGGGCCCACACAGCUGAACAUGGCUUCUGCGUAUGCCUGGAAAAUCGGACUUGACCCUGCGCCCGUACUCCUCGGCGUGGGGUCCCCCCACCCGUGGGAGCUGCCCUCUGCCCCCUCGGCGCACAUCCCUGCCCUUCCCACAGCCCGGCUGCAGGGCUGAGCGCAGCAAUGGCUGGCUUUGAGCUGGCACCCCCCUUUCCAGCCUCUUUGUGAGGUGGGCCACCUGUAGCCAGAGCCCGGCUCUCUCCUAGGGUCUCGCUCUGGGCUGUUCCGCCUCUACCCCAGCCCCUGGAGGCUCCCAGGAGCCCCCUUCUCCCAACUGGCCGGGGUCCAGAGGCUGCCAGCAGCCUCUCGCACAGGCAGGGGGCACAGAGAACCCUGUGCAGGCUCUUGUAAGAGAUGGGGUUUGGAGAUGAGGAAGCAAGAGAAGCAGUGGCAUUUCCUGGUCCCUUAGUACGUCCUUCAGGUCUGAUGCCUGCUUGGCUCAGCCCCCUCACCUCCCCAGGGUGCUGCCCCCGAGACUGGGCGGGCUAGGACUGGGGGCCCUUCCAACUCAGCAGGGGAAAUAAAUAGAAAUAUUUCAGCAGGCCACGCUCAUGUCCCCUGCCCCCCCCAAGUGCCCUGGAGGAGGCUGACUAGGGGCUCCCUCAGAGCUGAAGAGCCCCCUGUCCUGCCCCCUCCCCCCCCAGCCUAUGUACCCCCCUGGUCUGUCACUCCCCAUGCUCCCCUCCCCUCUGGGACACAAGCGUGCGCACCAGGAGUGGUGGCCCUCAUGUUCUGGGGACAAGUGGGGAGAAAGGCAGCCCGGACCCCACACUUGCUUCUUGUCUUGGAAUCUAGUGUGUUCGGUGGGGCGAGGUGGCUGGUAGGCCGGGGCGGCCCAGCUCUGGCUGCUGUCGGCUGCUGCUGUGUCCGGGAAGCUUGCCCUGCCCGCACUGGGCCCAGCUGUCCCCACAGCCAUGCAGCUGGUCCCCUGCAGAGCAGCGGGACCGCUGCUGUUCCACAGCUGAGGAGGGAGGCCCAGUGGGUCGGGCGCCCACGGCUGGGCCGCUGGUGACCGGCUGAGCAGAAGGGAACCUGGUCGCUAAGGAGAGGCUGGGCUCUUUCCUGACCUUCGUCUCCUGCCACUUCAGUGUGGGCCUCUCCCCAGAAUCUGGCUGCUUGCUCACAAGCCCUGGCCGGGCAGGGCGCCCCUGUCCCCUGGCCACAGUCCUGUCCUCCAUCUGAUCCAGGCCUUUGAGGACCUGGCUCAUCCUCCGAUGGGUGAUGGGUGAUGGGUGGUUGGUCCUAGUCCCCGGUGGGCGUGGUGGAUCGUGUCCGGGGAGGCCCGUAGGGGAGUAGAAAGCAUGGGCUUAGCCGUUGGGCUCUGGGUGAGGCCCCCCGCUGGGGUGGGCUGGGGCAGGUGGGAGGGCCGCAUGGCUUGCCCCUCCGGUGGUCAGGAGGGCCUGCUGGGAUGGCAUUCUGUUCUGCUGGCUCAGACAUAGGAGCUAGGCCCAGGGGGAGGGAGCCUGGCAAACAGCCAUGUGGUCUGGGGACAUGGGGGGGGACAUUAAGGCAAGGAGCCAUUGCUAGGAUGCAGAGGAAGUGACAGUGGGGACGGGGACCCACACAUCUCCCGAAGAAGACCCAGUGUGGGCCCAACUCUCCAUCCAUCCCCCUACCCGCCACCGUCUACCCUUGCCCCUGGAGCCCAGCCCCUCCGGCCAAGCUCCCGCCUCUGCCCCCAUCCACCCCCACCCCCACCCCAAGCAAGACCACCGUUCUUCACAGUCACUAUUUAUUCUUCGUUCCUUCUUUUUGUAAGAAACAGUCACAAAAACCAGUGCAAAACCAUCAGUGUGGGUGUCCUGCUUUAUAUUACAAAAACGCUUCUUGAUAUAGAAUAUAAAAAGGGGAGGGGGCUCACAGGAAAUAAAUGAUAAAUUAGCUCUGCUA